AUGGUUGAACCGUCUAACUGGAUGUCUCAACUCCCCUCGCCUCUCCACACAGCACCCCUCUGGGAUAUUGCCAUACCUGGAAGCCAUGACAGUAUGACAUACUGUUUGGACAGCUCCUCCAUGUUAGAGCCAAAUACCCAACCCACCUGGCUGAAGGAACUAGAGCAUAUUUUGCCAGGUCCCAUCAACCCCUUUAUCAUGAACUGGGCCACUACACAGGAACUAACUAUUAUUGAGCAGUUGGAAGCAGGUGUUCGGUACUUUGAUUUGAGGAUCGCUUGUAAGCCAGAUGAUCAUAAUCACACCUUGUACUUUGCCCAUGGGCUUUACACAACAGUUACUGUGGAGGAGACCUUCAAAGAUGUUGCCCAGUGGUUAACACAUCACCCAAAAGAGGUCAUCAUUCUAGCCUGCUCAACAUUUGAUGGCUUGGACAAUGGCGACCAUCAGAAGUUCAUUGCCCAACUGAACCAGCUCUUUUCAAAGAAACUCUGCCCUUAUACGGUGAUCCCCUCUCUUCAGCUGUGCUGGGAUCAGAAAUAUCAAGUGAUCCUUUCCUAUGACAAUGACGCAGCCUCCGGCCACCAGGAGCUGUGGCCAAAAAUGGACUAUUGGUGGGCUAACAAGACAUCUGCAAGUCAGGUUAUAGAAUACUUGGAUAAUCGCUUGCAGAGCAGCGGACGAGAUUGCAGCCUCUUCUUUGUGGCUGGUCUGAACCUCACUGAGGAUGCAGCGUACGUGUUGGAACAUCUGUUCUCAUCCAUGAAAGAAAUGACUCUUAAAGCUUAUCCCGAUUUACUGGGGUGGGUCAAAAAUCAACGCUGUGGUCAGGGCAAAACCUGCAUCAACAUUAUCGCUUCUGAUUUUGUGGGUGUAAAUGAUUUUGUCCAGCUGGUAUAUCAGCUCAACUGGAACAAAUUGGUAGGACAAGGGUCCAAACGCUAGAUGUUGAUAAUAAGAGAAAGUGAAAUAAAAAAGGGAAUUAAUAUUCUUCUCUUUUUUAAGUAGCUUUGUUCAGUUUUAGUGUUAUUUGCAGGUAGAAAUUAAGCUUCUUAAAAUUAAUUGGUUUAUGAUAAGCGUGACUAUACUUCCUAAUCCUUAGAGCAUUAGGGGACAUUUUCCUGUGAAAUGUGGGGGAACACCAUGAUCUGAAAUUUAAAAAAGACACUGUAACUUGCCAAACCUGGAACAAAUAAUCUUGUGGUCUGUGUUCUUAAACGUCUUUGCAAUGUUUGGGUUCUUGAUGUUCAAUAAAGGUGUGUAAAAAUA